AUGCCUAACAAGGCUCCCAACCCGCUCUAUUUUCUCGGUCUUUCACUCGCCUCCUUUGGCGCGUUCUACUGGCUUGCUAAACGUAGAGAGGCGACUUAUCCUGCGUCCAAGCAGCCUAGACAGAAUAGAUUGACUGCCUGGCAUCGGUGUAUGCCUGCUAUAUUUGAUAAGAUUGCCAGUGCAUUACAUAUCAGGAAGAAACAGAAGAGAUCCGCGAAGCCAAGGAUGAGUGCUUUCACAACGCCCGCAUUCGAUAACAGCAAGGUCACCGUCAUCUUCGUGCUCGGCGGCCCCGGUGCUGGAAAGGGUACGCAGUGCGCAAACCUCGUGCAAGAUUUUGAUUUCUGCCAUCUCUCCGCCGGAGAUCUCCUACGCGCUGAGCAGAACCGCGAAGGCUCACAGUACGGCGAAAUGAUUCGAACAUUUAUCCGCGAGGGCCAGAUUGUGCCGAUGGAGGUCACGAUCAAGCUGCUCGAGAACGCGAUGCGCGCCGCGCUCACAGAAGGACGCGCAGACGAAGGCUGGACAGACAGUCGGGGCCGGUUCCUGAUUGAUGGGUUCCCGCGGAAGAUGGACCAGGCGAUGAAGUUUGACGAAGAGGUUUGCCAAUCAUCCCUUGUGAUGUUCUUUACGACAACGGAGGAGGAGAUGCUGAAGCGCCUCAUGGAGCGGGGUAAGACGAGUGGCCGGGAAGAUGACAAUGAAGAGAGCAUCAAAAAGCGGUUCCGUGUCUACAAGGAACAGACGAUGCCAGUCAUCGAAUACUACAACAACGCGCAUAAGGUCGCUACGAUCGAUGCGACAGCGACUAUCGAAGAAGUGCACGAAAAGGCUAAGUCUGUUGUGACACAGCUCUUCAAAGGCGAGAUCACGCGUAACUUCAGUUCCAUCAGCUGUUCAGUCACACUCUCAUUGGAUGUUCUGGGACUUAUCCUGUCAAGGCUGGACACGAAAUCCGCCCUGACAUUCUCUAGGACAUCAAAGUUGUUCCACACCGUGGCAACGCGCCAAGCCGUUUCGUCUCUUACUCUCGACUUUGCACGGGACAGUUACAAAUUCAAACAAAAACGCCUGAAAGCCGUAUUUGACUAUCUCCUCGCCGACAUUCCUGGACGUUUGCACUAUGUGCACCACUUGAAGAUCGUGAGAUCGUGCUUCUGGGAUGGGCCAUUUCUGGACACCGGCUUGGUGCCUGUGCUAGCCAACAUCUUGGAGAACGCUCAAAACCUCCAGACUCUCUACCUCGAGGCCAUGCAGCCACUGGCUCAACGUGCGCCUGCGAUAGUCAACGCAAUCGUGGGUCUCCCCCGCCUGGAAAAGCUCAAGCUGACGGAGGUCGACUCCCCCACGCCAAAACUCUUACGUGGAUUGCACACCACGUCUGUCCGCUUAGAGCUUGAAGUUUACCAAAACUCGACGCACUUUCGGUUCGCCGAGCUAGCGCUGCUUCAAGGCCAUAAUAUCACCGACCUGACAUUCAGCGGACCGGGCCCAUGGGGCUUUUAUCACGCGAAACUGCUGCAAGAGCAGCAUAUUCGAUUUCCUUCAGUUCGAAGGUUCAGAGCGUGCUUUGUGAAAGGCGAUGUUGAUACACAGGGCAGCCGCAUCAUCCACAUUCUGAAGCCUGUGUUCCCAAAUCUGGAGAUCUUUGAGAGCCAGAUAGAGGCGGGUGGGGUGUGGCGCCUCCACAUGUGCAGUACGUGCUGCACCUAA